UCCAGAUUCAUUCACUCCCAGGGAUGUGUGCGUGUGUGCGUGAGUGUGUGUGCGCGCACCGAGAGCUUUUCCUUCCUGGCUGGUCCCUGUGAUUCUUCCAAGCAAUGGGACUAACAGUUUUCUGUGAGCAAUGAGGAGUAUCGGAUUGGGGCAGAAACUGCUUUCCUUUUCCUCGAAAGAAAACAAGCCGUAAGGAUAUUUAAGGAUGCACUGCCCAGAUGUGUCUCCCACCUCCACCUUUCUCGUAGGACUGAUGUGCUUGACAGCUUUCAGCAACUUUGCUAAGACUUCUGCAGACUUCUCAGGUUCGGGCAUGGGAUAGAGGAGAAAUCCACAAGAAUCUGCCUUUCAGCUUUUUCUGUUGCCUGGGUUUGAAUGGGAAAUUGGAUAUCCCCAGGAUCUUGGGAGACAGCACACAUGAAAACAGCACCAAAUUCCUUCAAGGGUUACAUAUCACAAGUGUUAAAGAAUUAUACUGACCAUGCCUGUGAUGGAGAAUAUGUUUCCUUGAGAUGUCCUCACAGAACAACCAUCAGCAUCCAGUCUUCUUUUUAUGGCCGAAUUGUACCAAGUCAUCAGAUGUGUCCUUCUCGCUAUCCCCACUCCUAUGCAACUUUAAUUAAAGAAGACGUUGCCUGUUCAGUUGGCACUUCCCUUCAGAAGAUGCUGGAUGAGUGCCAGGACCGACGGAGCUGCCAGUUUCUCGUCAACAGCCGGCUCUUCGGCGCAGAUCCAUGUCCAGGAACCGGCAAAUACCUCAUCGUGUGGUACAAGUGCAGACCAAAUGAAUACAAGAGUAAAGUAGCCUGUGAAGAUGACAAGCUGAGGCUAAGCUGUAAGAAGAGCAUGGUGAUAGCCAUUUACUCUGCUAUCUUUGGAAGGACACAAGGAGGCAGCCUGGAGUGCCCAUACCAAAGCCUAGGGAUGCCCAUGAUUGAGUGUCAGUCGGCUACUGCUCUCCAACUCAUGAUCAAGCGCUGUCAUGGGAAAAGAAGUUGCAGCAUAUAUGCCAGCACCUAUGAAUUUGGAGAUCCUUGUUACCCUGGCAUCCGAAAGCAUCUUAAUGUCAUCUACACAUGCGUUCCCAAGAAGCUUCUGCAUGAAACCCAGCCAAGACCAACCAAUUACCAAGGAUUUCAGAAGCCACAUUUUCCACUGCGGACGAGGACGUUUGAUCCCAAUGUUAUAGGGGACGGCGUGUUCCUUUCUGAUGUCUCUCCUUCCAAUAUAGGGCGUGCUCUCCCAGCAGAGAAGAAGAAAGGGAGAUCAGCCACCUUCUACCCUCUAGAAAUCACUCCCAUCCUGCUUCCUGUGGAUGAGACACAACCGCCAGCGUUCAACAGCAGCAUGGAGCCCGUGGGCGUUAGCACGGAGAUGGCACUGCUCAGCAACAUCCUAGCAGCGUACUCCUUUAUCACAGAAAACCCGGAGCGGGCUGCUCUGUAUUUUGUCUCUGGAGUAUGCAUUGGACUCGUCUUGACCCUGCUCGCCUUGGUGCUAAGGGUGUCUUGCCGAACUGACUGCAAACGCUCAUCUGCGAAAAAGCCUCCACGGGAGCGGGAGAGCGACAGCGACAGCAGCGACAGUGACGACGAUUCAGACACCACUUCGGACCUGUCGGCCCGCAGGCACCGCAGGUUCGAGAGGACUUUGAACAUGAACGUCUUCACGUCGGCGGAGGAGCUGGAGCGAGCUCAGCGGCUGGAGGAGCGGGAGCGCAUCAUCCGGGAGAUCUGGAUGAACGGCCAGCCGGACAUCCCAGGGACCAGGAGCCUGAACCGUUACUACUAAGUGAUGGGGAAUCCCAAAAGUCCAGCACUGCAGCCUGGGGCUCCUCCACGAGGAGGGAGGAGAAGAGGGAGGAAAGGAGUAUUACGUGGGUGUCUCCCCUUCUCCUUUCAGGAGUGCUACGUGGUGCAGUGUGGAUGGACAGCAAUAAAGCUUUCCCUGUCUCCUUUUCCCUGACAUAUUGCUAUUGCUCCUCUUCAUGGAGACUCUCUGGUUACGGCAGAGGUGGUUGCCAACUUCAUUUCUUAGCAGUAGGCAGGAAGCUGACAAUUGACGUCCUCCCAUGUGGGGCUUUGAGUUCGGUGUGCUGCGGUACAGUUGCUCCUCUCUCUGUUGGGGAGAGAAGUCAUCCAGGUUUUGGUUUUGAUUUUGGAUUUUUUGGUUUCCCUUUCCUGAGGAUUUUGGGAUAAUUGUGAACAAAACUGCAGGUCUGGAAAGUGAUUUGGCAAGGGAGGGGGAGGUACAUCCUGACCAACUGUCUUGUGACUUCAGAAGCCAUGAGAUUAACCUAAUUAAAACCCAUUGGCAAAUAUGACUUGUUAAGAACUGGGGAAUGGGGUGGGGGGAGGGGGGAUUCUUCCAUCGUGAAAUCAUCUCGGUGCUUGGAUGUUUGCCAUAGUGUAUACAGUUAUUUAUGGCUGUCUUUUCAUCUUCCUUUUCAAUGGGAACAUUUUUUUUUUUACUGACACCUCAGGGAUAAAAUCCUAUAUUUUUUUUCAGUCCGUUCUCCCUGCUGGUCCCUAUCAAACAACCCACCUCCAACAGUGAAAUUAUGGUAAUAUAAGAGAUGUGUCAGUGAUUGGUGAGAUGUUAACAACCUCAAAGAGGUUGAAAAGGGUUUUCUUUUUGUUUGUUUUGUUUUAAAUAUAUAUAUAUAUAUAUUUGAAGAUGCUGCACAGGAAUGUGCCUUAUUCUUUUUUUGUUGUUAAACUACAGUUUUCCUAUGAAUAGCAAUGCACAAUGUUUUAUAUAUUUUAUUAAAAAAUAAUAAAAAAAAGGUUUACGUUCACCAGAGGAAAAUGGAGACAGAAGAAGCCACAUAUGACAGCAGAAUGGGAAAUAAAUGCUGAAUAAACUCUGGUUUGCUUCUA